AUGACUCUCGCUAAGACCAAACAAUCUCCUUUGGCAAGACUGUCCAAGAAAUUCUCCCGGAGGACAUCAGAAUCCUCCUCAGGGAGACUUCAAACACAGGAAGACGAAGCAAGAAGCAGUAGCAGUGGAGGCAGCUCGUUGAAUGUUGACGAGCUAAGAACCGUAUUUGAGUACAUAGACACAAACUCGGACGGGAAAAUCUCCGGUGAGGAGUUACAGAGCUGCGUUGGCCUCUUGGGAGGCGCGUUGUCUUCACGCGAGGCGGAGGAAGUCGUCAAGGUUUCGGACAUGGACGGAGACGGGUUUAUCGAUUUUGAUGAGUUUGUGAAGCUAAUGGAAGGAGAAGACGGUAGUGAUGAGGAGAGGAGGAAAGAGCUGAGAGUGGCGUUUGGGAUGUAUGUUACGGAGGGGGAAGAGUUUAUCACGGCGGCGAGUUUGAGGAGGACGCUGAGUCGACUCGGAGAGUCGUGUAGUGUUGAUGCGUGUAAGGUUAUGAUUGGUGGGUUUGAUCAGAACGGUGAUGGAGUUCUUAGCUUUGAUGAGUUUCUUCUCAUGAUGAUGCGAUGA